UGUAAUGUACAGAAGAUAUUUCAUAUAUAUCAUGACUACUUUUUAAUGUUUGCUUACCGUUUUUGUAGGGCACCAGUUUCUGCUAUCACUUGCAAUAAUUUCUUAUGUAAGUAUGGGGAAUCCACAAAGCAAAUCUGCGGAACAUACAACAGCGCCAGGUGUACCUAGAGAUAAUUUAUUUUGGACAAAUGAUGAUGGGCUGACACUUGAACCGUCUGGACAACCGGUUCUUCCAGAUAAUGAACUUGUGGGUACUGAAGGUGUAGGAUAUCAGAUGGCUGGGACAAACGUUGUUGAUAAUCACCCUAUUAGUCCAGGCCACUCGAUACCUGAACAGACCGCAGACCCGGUUGUUCCCCAACCCACUGAUGGUGAUAUCACAUGUGUUCAGCGGCCUCCCGAUCUGAACUCAGAUGUUCUUGAUGUGUCUCCUAUUGAUGGAGGAAUACACCUGUACACUAUGUCAACUGCUCAAGAUUUAUCCCAAACCAUUUCAACAUCCGAGCACAUGACUACAGGAUCUUUCGAGAAUGUCACCAAACAAACUAAAAAAGGUAUCUUAUCUGAUGAACAAAGGGAUCAGAUAAACGCCAAGAGGCGAGCUAAUUAUCGGCGGAAGAAAGAGGAGGAAGCAAAGAAACUUGAGCAUGAAAGUCAAGCUUACCUUUCAACAUCUGAUCAGUCCAUCACUGAACAGACAGCAGUUGUUGUUGUUCCUCAACCCACUGAUGGUGAUGUCACAUGUGUACCGCGGCCUUCCGAACUGAACUCAGAUGACAAGAAAGAGCUAAUAAAUGUGCGGAGGCGGGCAACGUAUCUUAAGAACAAGGAAAAUGCUGACAUUAACAAGGAACAGAUGAAAGCUCCGUUGGUAGAUGGUUAUCGAAGAAAAUAUGAUGACGCCGCCGGCAAGCAUCUCCAUCAAAAUAUGCCUGCCGUUGACAUGUCGGGUAUGCAAAAUGUUCCACGGAGCGCUCUCGGUGAUAUCACUAAUGGGGUACAAGCUCACCCGAUGCUCCUUGACGACAAAAAUAGCCAGAUCAAGGCUCAAGGGCGAGCUACCGUGAAGCACAAAGAUGAUAACCUUCCUGCCCUUACAAUAUCAGCCGACCCAAAUAGGUCCAGCUAUACGUCAUUGUCACAAGAUGAGGCGGUAUUGCCUCAUACCAAUACAAUCAGUAUAGAUGUCAUUCAUGAUAACCAACUACCUAGGAAGCAGCGUGGUAAGCAACGCAGAACUUGCUUAACUCCUGAUCAAAUGGAGCAAACAAACGCACGGAGGCGAGCAACAUAUCAGAAACAUCUAGAGCACGGAACUAUCGAUCUUGAAGAAAAAAAUACCACGCUGCGAGAAUGGAGGGCAUGCAGCAAAGAGAAAGGGGGGUUAAGUGCAAAAAGAAAGGCAACUUAUGCGGCAAAGAAGCACACCCCAUGCAAAGAAUCCCUCGCACUCCCACGUCCAGACCUAGCAAACUUAUCCCGCGCAACACCCCUCUCUCGGGCCGCCGAAGGUGAUUCAUCUGAUGGCGACCCGACGACAAUCAUGACGAAUUUCAUUGUUGGUACCAAUGACGAAAUCGAUGGGUUCCGAGACUGCAUCACGGGCGAUGAGACGACACCAUCCGACUUUAUGGAUGAGGAGUACUACAUGUUUCGCGACGAAGGUAUGGUCAACUAUAAUCUAUGA